UCGCCGCCGCAGUCUAGCUCCCCGCCUUCUGGUCGUCCGACGUUUCGCUAUAGAGAGAAACGGGUGCUUCCGCCGCCUCUCCGCGGCCAGCUGCCCGGGAGGGAUGUCGAGGAGCUCCAAAGUGGUGCUGGGCCUCUCUGUGGUGCUCACGGUGGGCACAGUAAUCGGGGUGCAUCUUCGGCAGAAGCAAGACCAACAGAGGCUUCGAGAAGGCGUGAUCAGAGAUAUAGAGAGGCAAAAUCGAAAAAGAGAAAAUGUUCGUCUUUUGGAAGAACAGAUUAUUUUGACUGAGCAACUUGAAGCAGAAAGAGAGAAGAUGUUAUUGGCCAAGGGAUCGCAAAAAACAUGAGUUCUGAAGUGAAUGAAAUAUAAUGAAACAGGUUUAGCUUGUUUUGGGAUUUUUUGUUUAGCUAUGUUGUGGCAUAAAUUAAGUUAUUGCUUCUAUCAGUAUAAUUUUUUCUGUCCUUUAAGCAUUUAAA